AUGGCUCGCCUCCCACUGUUGGUUGUGUGGUGCGUUGCCCUCGUGCUGCUCACGGUCACAGGCGCAAAUGGCCUGUACGUGCUCGAGCUGACCCAAGUGGUCCACCGCAGCGGGGUCCGGCCGCCACCGGCGGGUGUGCCCAACCGCACCAAACUAUGCAGCCCCAAGAACACGACUGACUGCAACGCCAUCGCAAAUAGAGGCGUGCAGCAGGAGAGUGACAUGGGAAACUAUAUUCAGCGACUGUACAGUGGCGACUCAGCUACUGUCAACAGCGCUACGUGGUUUGAAUCAUCUUAUAAUCCGGAAGAUGUACAGACCCGUUCCUUCGCGGGUCACGCCGCUCUUCAGGCGGCAAACGCAUUGCUGAAGGGGAUCUAUGCCGCUGAGAACUCUUCCAUUACUCCUGCGGUGAUGGCGACAACACCCGAUCAGGACACCCUACUCAACGUGGAGGCGUUUCCAUCUUUCACCCUCACAAAGGAAUUGAACGCAGAUGCGCUCAACAAUGCCCUGGGGGACAUCGUGGACGCGCAGUUCCCCGAUCUCGGCGUCCUGAGUGCAAUGGGUGCAGAGGUUGGGAUGGAAGGUGUGUGCUCAGUGCCCUCCCGCCGUGCGUCGUGCUGCCACUGGCUGCAUGAGCUGCUGGCGAUGCACGAGGCAACGGGAGAGACGGACAGCACCCCCACUGUGGUGGCGAAUAAGCCGAAGCUGAUCGCUGUCGAGGCCGCGCGGCAUCACCUACUGUAUGGCCACAGCACCGGUGUGGCGAUGAAGGUGGCCCGCGGGAGUCUUGGGCAGCCGCUGGCGCAGGAGUUGCUGCGGAACAUGCGGCGGAAGAUGCUACCCGCGACGAACACCGGCUACAACGCAAAGCGGGUGAUGCAGUACGUCCACAACGUCCCGAUCAGCACGACGCUGGGGCACAACCCGAGCAACUUGACGCCGCCGGUGGAGACGUUUCUGGUGGACCUCCUCCGCGACGAGAGGACGGGCGGUUUCUUUGUGCGCCUCCGCCACGCAGCUGUGGGGGCGGCCGCCGCUGCCACCCCUGCUGCCGUCGCCUUCCCAUUUCGCUGCCUCAACGCGGCCAACGUGCCGACCGACGCCGCAACACCAGACGGCCUUAUUUGCCCCUUCGAUGACUUUGCGCGGUUCGUGGAGUCGAGCACAGGCACCGACACGGCGGGCGCUGCCUGCUAUCUUGACGCCUCGACGAAGGAGCAGCUCGACUGCGUUGUGGAGGGCAGGCCCCCGACGGAGGAGUGCGCACGGUACCGCGCAAUGUGCCCGGCGCAGGCGUGCCCCACCGACUGUGUGUACGACGUCAUGGACGGCUCGUGCUGGCCGCUGAUGCUGGAACGCAGCAUGAUCACCGGCGGUGUCAUGGCCGGGGUUUGCGUUGUUCUUGCUGUUGCUGGCUUCAUGCUGGCGAUUAUCUGCUUGGAGAUGUGCCCCGUCGUGAUACAGCGCGUGAAGGGGUUUAGGCGCGCCGAGGCGACCGAAACCAGCAACGAGGCAAUGGCGGCGAAGGGCGGGCAGUAG